GUAUGCCGACAUGCUCUGAUAAGCGUCUGGGAGUUGAGAUUGAUUGGAAGAAGGUGCAGGCCACCGUGUUGCGCACUUGGCAGCACACAGCGAGCGCACCGAUCCUCCAUGGAUGAACGAAACCUUGAACAACUUCAGCUGACCGAUUCGUGAAUGGAUUCUUAUCGUCCCGCUUUGUUUCUGUUAAGAAGUCUGCACGACCUCCGCAUCUGAGCACACAAGAGACAUUACGCAUCCCUGGAGCGUGGAGCAAAAGGGUCCCUCGAGGUGCGUGCGUACCUAUACGCUCAUCUACUUUUGUGAGGACCUUGGACGUGAGGACGUUUGUUCAUUUUUAAAGUUUUCUUUUGUUUUCAGACCACCAACAACAGGAAGCCAAGACGGUGUACGGAGCAUAAAAGCUGUGACCUGUCUGUCUCUCGGAGAGAGGCUCAGCAGUGCCAUGAAGACCUGAGGCCUGGUGACCCAUGUGUGUCCAACUGAAAACACACACUGAAGAGUUUCUGGCAUUACUGUGGAGUGUGUGUAUUGGUGUAUACACACUGUGCAGCGUUUAAAACACAGUGGAGUUGAGCACCGAAACCAAACAGAAUGAUUCAAUCGCCCAUUUCAUUAUUCCUGCUCGGAGGCCUUUUAGCCCUGUAUCUGAUGGCUCCUGUUCUGAUGGCCUCAACACCAGCCAGUAUGUGCACACCUCUGAAAACGCUCAACGACAGCCUCAGCCACAGGCGGCGGUACAUGAAGCAUAACUUCCCCAUAAACUACUCCAUCAGGGUUUAUCAUGAAGAGAUCUUUAAACUGUCAAAUAUCAGCAGAAUGAGGUUAAAGGUGGAUGGAUUGGAUGAUCUGGUUCUCCAGAGACUGUGGUUCCAAGUCAACCAAGGCGUGUUAAAAAAGAUCAUCCGGGUCAUGCCAGAGAGACAUCCCUCGCGUUCGUACACAGCUGAGGUGGAAAGACGCUUCAGGGAUGCUGAGGGAGUCUUUGUACAGUCACAUCCUGCUGAGGUGUUCCAGCAGGAGCUUCCAGAGACAGUUCAGGACAUUUGGGAUCAGUUAACAGAAGAGUCUGACAGAGUCCUGGAGUCCAAUUGGAGAUUUGCUUCUCCAAAAUCUCUUGUGGACAACUUGUGCCACACUAUGUACUGCCUCUUCAGUGAGUGCUUCUCCAGCACAGAAGCUCAACAGGACUAUUGCGGAGUUCCACAUUCAAAGAGAGGGAAGAAAACUUCCAACCCGAAAGCUGAGAUGGAGCCAGUGGAGUGAAGUUUCUCCCCAUAGACACUGAUCAGCGAUUAGAAUGAUUAUGUCCCUGGAGCUACAAGGAGAAGGGUAAAAGAACAGUUAACCAUGAAAGAACAUCAACAAGUCUUUCCCAAAUGUACCAAACACAGCCAAGAUUGUUGUAUUGACUCAAACCCUGGCAUGACGCCAUCAGCAAAGAAGAUGUAGUAACAGUAACUCCAUCCAGGAUUACUUUAUGAGCACAUGGACUUUCUGUGCUAUUGAAAUAUGGCUCAUCUUUGAGUGGAAGCUUCAGAAUUUCCAAUUCUGUAAUUUACGAGGUAUUUCAAAGACUUUUCCACUGGUAACGACUUAUGUAAGAUGUUUGCUCAUGUUCUCAUCUAUCAGCAAAACUGAUUUAUAAUCAGUACAUUCUUUUCUAAGAUGGAUUGUUUUGAGAAGAAGCUAAUUGGCGAAGGCGUAACUUCACCUGUCAGGGGUCUAUCUCAGCUAAAAUACACUCAUCUGUUCUCACGAACCAACUUCCAGCUUUAAAUUUUAUUUCAGGCACAAACUGCUUAAACGAAAAAAUGAGUUUUUCUGCCAUGCACACAUGAUGAAAGGUAAACCAGGUUAUAUGGCAAUAUGUCUAUCUUUUCCAUCCCAGAUUUGCAUUUGGUAUUUGUUGAAAAUCAGUUUGAUCUGAAAGAAGAGCAUUUACAGGAAAUGAUGAUGGUUACACAAAAUUGGCACCAUAGUCUGAGAUUUCUCCAGUUUGAACAUGCUGGAAAAUUCAAGCAUGGAAAGAUGAAAUCCUGUGCCUUGUGCCUUUACAUAUGUGACAAGUGUUGAGAUCUUAUUUUCAAUAUGCAAAAAAUUCUGAAUCCUUCAUGCUGUUUUACAGAUAACCUUUCAGUGCAGAGGAUAUCUGUAUUACCUGUCUUCUCUCUUUAAGGUAGACUCCAGGAAUGUCUGUUCUUCCCCACAUGUGCAAAUGAAAUCUAGGUGUUUCUUAUAGGUCUUAACAGGUGAAGUGAUGAAUGUUGAUUAAUUUUUCUUGCUGCGAUGAUCCUUCUGGGCUUUUCCUACCAGUACAUAAUAACGGCUGCCAAUUCCAGCCAGAAAACACAGAAAAGCCUUUUAUGAACUGCAGGAGGAGCUGGAUACAGACCCCAAUGAGUUUUAUGGAACAUCGUCAAGAUAUGCUGGAACAAGCCUGAAUCUACAAAGUACCUGCAUCCAUGUCCUGAGGAACCUAUAUGAUGCUGAGAAGAUAUUUUAUGUCACUGUCGGGCUGAUGAGUGCAUGGGGGCAGGACUCAGACGUGUUUCAGCAUGCUUAAAUGCCACAAAUCAAAGAGAAAAACAAGAGACUUUGUCUUAGCGAGGCUGACCUUGCCACCAGAACCACUGUUUUUUUUUUAGGUUUUUCUACAGGUUUAAAUGAUCCAUCUGUGUAUGCACUCAGUUUAACAUGUGCUUUAAAAUCACAGACUCCUUCUGGUUGUUAAUGAUGAUUAAAUUAGGUGCUGCUAAGGUGUUUCUUAUGUUUAUAUUUUACACAGCAGUGAUCAGAGAAUUUCCUUUUACAGUUUUUAUGCGUAAAUACAAGCUACAUCCUCAGAUUUUAGCAGAUAAAGAAAACCCUGUUCAACAAAUGUGGCUAAAUAGCUUUAUUGUUGAUUGUCGAAGAAAAUGACCCAGUAUUACGUAUCUGUGAGCUGCAAAAGUAUAUGAACCAUAACAUGUUGUUAAACCUUUUAAAGCACAACAAUAUAAACAUGUAUUGCUCUGAAUUUAGGUUUACUUAAGUAUAAAGUGUUGUACAAAGAAAGAUUUGGUGCUAAAGCAGUAUGCACAUAGAGGCAUUAUUAUAAAUAUAAUAAGCUGUUAUAAGACUCCACAGCCAAUAUAGCAGCAUCAUUUAUGCAACCAAUCUAUAUGCUGUAUGUAAGCAGAAUAUUAUCUGACAUUUUCAUCCAGAAACAAUCAUGUAAUCAUUUCACUAAGACCCCUUUUGUAUUUACAAAAUUUGGUUUAAUCCAAAAUUCAUUAUUCUAACAAUGACAGCAUCCUUAGACCAUCAGGUCUGGAUGCAGUAAAACUAGACCCAAAACAGGAUGCUGGAAUAAAACAGAAGCCUCUGUUUUUAUUAGAACACAUAACACAUUAAAACAAAUGCAAACGCAAUGACAUUAUGAAAACAUUUAAGGCAAAAUUAAUUUUGAAGAUCAGAAUAAAUAUUUCAAUAUAGAAUAAAUAAAUAAAUAUAUAUACUGUUGAAAGAUCAUAAAAACAAAACCACCACAUUGAUUUGAUUUUAAAAAAUCCUUGUCCUUAAAGUAAAACAGUAAAACCCCCACUUACACAUAAUGUUAAAUUUACAUGUUUACAUGCUUGUGCUUGUCAAAGAUACGUAACAUGAAGUUAUUUUGCUCAAUAAAAAACAAGCAAGUAUAAUGUUUUUUUUCUUAUGUUUGGUUUAAAAGCGUUUAUCAACUUUUAGGACUUGGUCAUCUGUAAAAACAAAAAAAAGCCCAAACCCUAAACAGAAGGCCUUUUUUAAGAUGACUUAAGCCCUGUUUGAAUGACAGUGUUUCCACGUAAAACGCAGAUCUUUCUCUCUUAUCCUACGUCCAUGCAGGAGAAAACACAGAGGACCAGAAACGAUGCAGUGCACAUGCCAGGCAUCUCGUGGGCAGCGAAACUUUGCAACGACACACUCAGGUGUGUGCAGCAUCCUCAUAAGCAUAAAAACUCUUCCAGAAGCAGGUUUUGCUUCAACAGACUAAAUAAAUUAAAAUGAUGUAGCAGCAGAAACAUGACCUGAAGGUCUGCUACUGUUGUUGUUGUGCUUUUCGGGGGUUAAGCAGGGUCUGAGUGCGCAAGUGCAAGAUGAUGUGAAAGAUAUCAUAAUCGCCCAAAAAAUAAAGAUAAAAAAUCCCAGUUCCAGUUGGAGGCCAUUGUUAAAUCUUUGCAUUUUUAUCUAUGUACUCUGGUACUCUGUUACCAUGGAAAUGAGAGGACAGAACAACAAAAUUCACAUUUGACUGUUUCAGCAUUGUGAUGUAAACAGAGCCUAAAAGGGGACAUUUUCUAAUGAAGGGUGUAAAUUUGAACCUUAGAGAUGCUGAGACUCCACUUAUUUACAUCAGGGGUGUCCAAGUUCAGUCCUCCAGAUCCACUAUCCUGGAACUUUUAGAUACAUUCCUUCUCCUAUACACCUGAAUCAAAUGGCUCAAUUCCCUCAUCCACAUGUCAUUCAGCUCUGCAGAUGCCUGGAAAGGAGCCAUUCAUUUGAUUCAGGUGUGUUGGGGAAGGGUUGCAUCUAAAAGGAUAGUAGAUCUUGAGGACUGGACUUGGGCGCCAUUGAUUUACAUAGUCAGAGAAGGAGUAGGUGACGAGUAUUUGCUCACCGCUUCAUGAACUCACUGUUUUUCUAAGCAUGUUGUUUUUGUGUGUGAGUUCCAGCGGAGGUGACAUGCGCAUGAUUCAUUUCCUGUAAAUCCUGGUAAACCUGUUCACUUAGUUAAUGCUUGGUUAAAAUAACAAUAAUAAAGAAAAAAAACCUUAACAAUUCUUGUUAAAACUGCAUUCAACAAGUAUCAAAAGUUCUCUCACUUGUGUUGUUGGGAUUAAAUGUCAUUGUGUCUGCUGCAUUUUAUUAGGUCGGCUAAGCAGAUUUUAAAAGUACUAAUUAAAUGUAAAAAGCCACUCAGUUAGAAAUGUGAUUAUAAGAACCUGCAUUACAUUAAGUGGUAUUUACUGUGCAAGUUAAGUAAUCUGCUACACUUAUAAGCUUCAUUUAUUCGUCUGACUGAAACCUCAAUUACUCCCAAAACUGGAUUAACUAUUUUUGACAGCUCGAUCUGAGCUAUUGCUCAUGUCAGUUUUGACAUCCCAUAAUAUUUACAUUGAAAUCUUAAAAAUCUGUCGUCCACGAGGAUGAAGGAUGUUGGUGUUCAGUUAUGUAACAAAGACAAAACUUUGUUCCUGUAUGUAGAAGAAGAUCUACGAUGAUGUGUACAGCCAGUGGUUAUUGUUGUAUUUCUAUAAAUCAUAGAGUGUAUUUUUAUUAUACUUUUAUCAAUCAUAUGUAACUGUAUGGUUGUAUUUUUGUUACCACAAAAAGCAGCUUCUCCGUAUUCAACAUCCCCCACAGCUGCAGCGCAACAGCAGAGAGAAAACGGCAAACAGGUGGAUGUUUGUGGUCUGCACAUAAAUUUUACAAACAGGUGUUUUUUAUACACACGAUAUUGAAUAUUUAUUUUUUGGAAAUGUAUAAUGCGUCAUGACAAUACUUUUAUGAAAGAAAUACAAAAAUAAAUCCUUAUUUUUAUCAACUA